CACUCCGUUGUCCACUGACAUUCAAAUUGGACGUCAGACUUUUCAGUACUCGGACACAAAUAACUAACUACUGUUUAUAUCUCUAUUAUGUUGAUGGGGGCGGAAUGAUGUAUCACAAGUCCGUCGAUUCCAUUGUUUUUUUUGCUGAAACCUCAAUGAAUUAGUUUUACCAAGCUGCCUAGUAGCCCUAGUAGGCGUUGCUCUCUGCAGUAUUUAACAAGUGCACCGGGACAAAGCGAGGUAGUCUCGACAGAGCAGGAACCCGAGAGCUCUUCAGUCAAUUUGCGUAUAACCUACAGACUUCAAUAGGUCUACUAUAACCUCAAUAUUAACACCAGUCUAGGGACUCUCAAACGCAUUCACGGGGACAUUCCGAGUGAUUUCUGUAUUGAAAGAGUUACAAAGGACACAGCAAGGCAUUUCAUUGUGGAUUCUGGCUUUUUCACAACACGGCCUUCCCCCUACCGCGGCGAACGCCACCAUGAGUCUGAGUGUGAACGAGCUGACGGAGCUGAUGGAGAUGUGGGCGGAGCUUAACUUCACAGGGGACAACAUGUCAUCCCACCACGUAGAGGCUCUGCUGUGCCCGGCUGGGUUCAGCCACGCGGCGGUGCUCUACACCCUCUCUGUCCUCUACAUCUUCAUCUUCCUGGUGGGCCUGGCCGCCAACACCCUGGUGGUGUGGGUCAACCUCCGCUCAGAGAGGAACCGCUUUGAGACCCACCUGUACAUCCUCAACCUGGCUGUGGCUGACCUCUGUGUGGUGGCUACUCUCCCAGUCUGGGUCAGCUCGCUGCUACAGCGCGGCCACUGGCCCUUCGGCGAGGCCGUCUGUAAGAUCACCCACCUGGUGUUCAGCGUCAACCUCUUUGGGAGUAUCUUCUUCCUCACCUGUAUGAGCGUGGACCGCUACCUGUCCGUGGCGCUAUUCGGAGACGGAGGGAACAGCCGCAGGAAGAAGGUGGUGCGGAGGGUGAUCUGUAUCUUGGUUUGGCUGCUGGCGCUGGCCGCCUCCGUCCCAGACACUUACUUUCUCCAGGCAGUCAAGUCCACACACUCUGACGCCACCGUGUGCCGGCCCGUCUACCCCACUGACAACCCCCGAGAGUGGAUGGUGGGCAUCCAGCUUAGCUUCAUCGUCCUGGGCUUCGCCAUCCCGUUCCCGGUCAUCGCCGUCUUCUACCUGUUAUUAGCAGGCGCCAUCGGCAACGCCAACCCGCCCGGCUCCAGCGCCAACUCAAACCAGGAGCGACGCAUCAGCCGGAAUAUCAUCCUGACCUACAUUGUGGUGUUCCUGGUCUGCUGGCUGCCCUACCACGGAGUCCUAUUGGUCGACACUUUAUCUCUCCUCAACGUCCUGCCCUUCAGCUGCAGGCUGGAGAAGUUCCUGUAUGUGUCCCUCCACCUGACCCAGUGCUUCAGCCUCAUCCACUGCUGCAUCAACCCCGUCAUCUAUAACUUCAUCAACAGGAACUACCGUUACGACCUCAUGAAGGCCUUCAUCUUCAAGUAUUCCACCAAGACGGGCCUGGCCAAGCUCAUUGACGCAUCACAUGUGUCCGAGACGGAGUACUUGGCCGUGGCGGCGGUGGAGAAUAACGUGUGAUUGGCCUGCUGGGAGAGGACAGGAUAAGAUAGGAUACACUUUACUGUCCCUGAGGGGAAAAUUGUCUUGGACACACAGAGGUGAUGUCACACAACCCACAGAGAACUGACUCUCUACCAAACAGACUCUAUUUAAGGCCUGCUAAACGGGCUGAACAGUUAACUGACUGCAUGCAGUCCCUGGGAAGGACAUCUCAAGCACAUUAGACGCACUGUAAAAGAUCAAGACUCUGUUUCAUUUACAGUGUGACUCCAGUUUUGUUGUAAUUUCCCCCUUUUUGAGUGAGUUUGGUUAACUUCCCCCUUGUUUAGUAACAGGGGUGGGGGGUCUUCUUGAGAAAGCACUUCUUCUGAACUGGAGACUUGGUGUCACCCAAACAGAUGGUUCAACGACACCGUAAACACACACACACACACGCACGCACGCACGCACACACGCACGCACACGCACGCACACACACACACACACACCCUUCCCCCUGCCCUGGUCAGAGCCACAGCAGAAGAAGACGAGGGGCUCUCCCUGCCAGUGUUUAUGUGAGCAGGCAGUCAGUCAACCAGACACCAUUACCCUGAAGGACCUGCCACUGAAUCAAGCCACUGUGUUUACAUGGAAAUCAGGAAUGUCAAACGGACUGACAGCCGAGACCAGAGUCAAAACACUAAAGCUAUAUUUUAUUUUGUGUUCUUUAUUCUGAUCCCCAUCAGUUGACUCUUAAGAAACUUCUGGUCUUCACUGGGGCCAUAAAAAAGACAUUACAAACACGAAAGCCAAUCUGUAGAAUGUGACAAGUAGAUGUAUCUAUGUUGAUGUAUGUAUGUUGGUUAGUGAGGUGUCAAUAUAAAGCCAGGAGGAGCCAUCCAGCCCCAAACACUCAUCUAGAUGACGCAUUUACAAAGUAUUGGUGCUUAGUAUGUAGAAUGAAGGAGGAGACUUUCAAAUCCACAUUAUUAGAUCAUUGUUUAUUCUGUAAAUAUCAUAUUUAUAUAUUUGUUGAUCUGUAGGUGCAGUGAUUUUGUGAAGUUUUGUGAAACGGAAUCAAUGAAGGUAUGCUUUCUGUUUAAAAUAAUAUACCAUUAGUUAUAUUUUAGUUAUAUUGUUCUUUUUGUUCAACUAGUUUGCAUUUAUUUCACUACACAAAAGAAAAACUAAAAAGCCAAUGUGUGUACAUUUCAGUCACAACCUGCAAAUCAUUUGUAACUGUUUUUGAAUUUGCAAACGCAGUUUCUUGCCAGUCAGUCAUGUUUUUACUCUCUUGGGUAAAAUAAAAAAUAAAUGCUCAAAACAGUUUA